CCCAGCUUCCCUUCUUGCGUUCCCAACGUGUUUAAGCCGCGGUUGCGUCCGCCCGCCUCCGGUUCUCGCAGAGUACUACGACGUGCUGCUCUUCCCGGUUCAGAACCAGCUGGUGGCCGUUGUCGUGGGAUGCGCUCUCGGCGCGGCCACCAUGAGCGUGCUGAAGAUGAUGACCUACGGCGACGACUCGGUCGUCGUGGUGGUGAUGGGCGGCACCUACCUCACUUUCUUCCUGCUCGAGUCGGUCAACAGCUCGGGCGUCACCGGCGUCAUCGCGUACACCAUGGUGGUCUCGUCGGAUCGACUCAUCUCCUGUUCGGAGCUUGAAGGCACGCUCGGGUCGUGCUGGUCGGUGAUGUUGGACUGGACCGGAACGCUGUCCACCUUCAUCUGCGCCUCGUUCACGGCCUACAUGCUUGUCUACUACCUACGCACGUACAACUGGCAGGACAUAAUGCUUUGCUACAUCGCCAAGAUGAGCAUGCGGUGCCUCGCGGUGUUGAUGAUAUACCCGUUCAUCGGCCACUUCGGCUACCGCAUCACGGCCAAGCAGGCGAUCGUGCUGGCCGGCAUGGGCCUCAAGGGCACCUACAUUGUCUCCCUCGCCACGCUCUACCACAUCACGUACCAGGACAUCCACGACGAAGACCUAACUAAGUCGUUCAUGUACGUCACCUCGGACAUGGUCCUCACGCAGUUCAUAAACGCCUCCCUCGUUCCGUUCCUGCUCAAGAUGCUCGGCAUCCUCGACGUGUCCGAGGUGGAGUGGAACACGAUGAAGGACGCCGUGGCGUACCUGCAGGAAGCCGUGGACGUGGCGGUGCAUAUGAGCCGCCACAACCCGUACUUCCUGGCCGCCGACAAGACCUGGGUCCUGCGCAACACUCGCUUCCGGAACCCGCUCGACGUCGUGCCGCGAUACAAGGCAAGGCUCCCACCGGUCUGGCUUUGCCACCUCUUGACGCCUACUACUUAACUACAUCCCGGCCGCGACGUAUAGAGAACGUUGUGGGAAGCGCGCUUCUGACCGGGUUCAAGCGCUGCGGUAAUUGCUUUAGGGACCCUCGCCACCAUGGACGUAAGGCCGAACCAAGAUGUUAUGGACUCGCGCCCUUUUCCUCGGGCCCGGACCGCAGGCCACAAUUCGGUCCGC